CCUCCUUUUGGAGUGGCUGGGCUGAGCAGAACACAGGAUAUGCUUCGCAGUGCUCUCAGUUUCGCAGCAGCAGCAGCAGCAGCAGCAGCAGCCGCCGUCGUGAGGACGACACGCUUUGCUGUCAAGAUGAGUGCCGGGGAUGUGGUCUGCACCGGCUGGCUCAUUAAAUCCCCCCCAGAGAAGAAACUAAAGAGAUUUGCGUGGAGGAAGCGCUGGUUCGUGCUCCGCAGAGGUCGCAUGAGUGGUAAUCCCGAUGUGCUGGAGUACUUCCAGAGUAAGAACUCCAAGAAGCCGAUCCGCACCAUUGACCUGAAGGAGUGUGAGGUGGAGAUGCUGACCGGGCAACUCAGGGUAAAGAGAGACUUCAACGGGAAGCACCUCUUUGUGGUGAAGACCUCAUCGCGCAUCUUUUACCUCGUGGCCAAAACUGAGGAGGAGAUGAACAGCUGGAUCAGCAACAUCAGUCGAAUCUGCCAGUUUGGGAACCUGGAGGAUGCAGAGAGCUCAGAGGAAGGCUUUCCUCACACCCCCACCUCACCUGAUGGCUCUGACCGAGCAUCCGUGUCAAGCCAACUCGAUUUUGGUCAUCCCCUGGACUACCUCUUACUAUCGCAGUGUGGGACAGGGAGUGCAAGCACCAGCAGACACAACAGCUUUUCAAACUCGGACAUCUCCCUGGAGCAGAAGUCGUCAGACGAUGCUGUCAAGGACAUCGUCCCCUCACCGCUCUACACUGAUUCCUCUCCCUGCAGCUCUCAUCCCAGCCACAGCCCGUCUCUCUUCCCCCAUGGAGGGCUGAUCAACCCUCCUUUUAGUGCUCCAUUCAUCUCCAUGGCUUUACCUUCCUCGUCGAACUCUCCGCUACAUCACUGCGCCGCCAGUGUCUUCCAGUUUGACCGGCCGUAUUCUUCUCCAUCGUUGGAGGCAACAAGUGACAGACACACACCUCCUCCGCUGCCACCCAAGCCUAAUCACGUGCCAGAGCAGCUGAGUGAUGAAGGGGCUCAGAAGCCGAGAGCGAUGAGUGUGCGGCACAUCUCGAGGCACGCUGCAUUAUUUCCCCGGAGGACCUCCUUGUCGAGCUUGGACCAAUUAAGAUUUGGAGAUGCUGAUAGCAGGUUGAUGAGGAACAGGAGGCAGAGUCUCAAUUUGCAGCCUUCUUUAAACACCACACUGGCUCAAAGUUUCCGGGAUGAGUCAUAUGUUCCCAUGACUUCUCCUCCUCCCACCGUUGAAUGUGACGGUUACAUCCCAAUGAGCCCAAGGACGUUCAGCUUCGUCGACACAAACUGCAGUGUUGAGUCCUCCGCAGCCGGCGGCUCACUUAUGUGUCAACCGGGAGAUCUCGCUCCUCCUCCCGUUCACCGACACCUCAAGCCUCGUUUGAGGAGAGUUCGACCCCCACCUCUUGACCUGAGAGGCCUUUCUACCAUCACCGAAUGUCCCACUCACCUUCCUCUGAGCAGAAUGACGACUGCAUCAUGCUGCAGCUUUUCAGUGAACUGUUUACUUCCUGACAGACAACUUGAGAAUGGGGACAGUGCGAGAGAUGGAGACACAAUGGAGUCAAGGCUCCAUCUCACAUGCGAUGCAGCCUGUCAACCGUGGGCGAAAAAAUCCAACCUUGACUAUUUGUCCCUGGAUUUCAAUUCUGCAUCCCCCUCUCCAGUACAGAAGCAGAAGCCUUUUCUGCCUGAUGACUACAGAGUGGAUUACGUGCAGGUGGAUGAGAAGAAGACCCAAGCACUGCAAAACACCAAAAUGGAGUGGACAGAUGUCCGGCAGUCAAAGACAUCAAUUGAAAAUACACUGUAGCAAAAAACAAAAACACUGGGUUGCAGGAAGAUAACCAAUCACACCAGCAAAGAGGACAUAUGCGAAGAGGACCAACAACUUACUGUAAAAGCACUUUGUGAAACAGCAUUAACAUUAAAAUGUACAGGUGUAAAUAGAGAAAGGUCAGAGGCUUGUUUGCGCAGAUAAAAACACAGAAUUGCACUGAGAAGCCUGAGUUCAUUCUCGGUUGUUUUUUACUGUAAAUGCUCCCUGAUCAUGCACUGUCCUUUUUACCAUGGCCUAAGGUUUUACCAACAUUUUAAAAGGUCAUCACAUUGCUUCAUUGUAAAAAAAUAGUUUUCUGUAAAUAUAUUGUAUAAUUGUAGCUGUACAGAAGAAUAUAUUUUCAUGACCAAAUGUUUAUUUUAAUGUUUCUCUCCUUAUUUAUGUAUCGUGAACCAAAAUUAUCAAUGUUGAGCCUAAACCUCCUCAGACCUGGAAGGUAGAGUGUCAACAUGACUAUUUCUCAACAUCUAUUUCUUCAAGCAGCUGUUGGCGAUAUGUGUUUUUUACCCAAAUAGGACACAUUCAAAACAUUGGGAAUAUCGAACCUCUACAUUUUCAAAGGGAAGAAUUUCCCUUUUAAACAAUCUAAAAAAAUUGUUGUUAUCAUGUAUUACUUAAAAGUUUGUAUGUCCACAAAUAGCCCAUAGGUACUUGUCAUGGAUUGUUCUUUAACAAUAAUGAGUAUAAUAACUGGACCUGUGGCAGGUAUUAAAGGGCCCUCGCACCUUGGUGGCAGUGGUUGAGUAACACGCUGAGGCUGCUACGCCCACUGAGAAAUAUUCAGGGGGGAUGUUAGAGCGUGUCCCUGCAUCUAUCGGGAUCCUACUGCAGAAUGCUUCUAAUUAUGUCUCACAAUUCAGCUAUAAGGUCUGGAGUCACCUUUGAAAAUGACGAAUGUGACGUUUGAACCAGAAGGACUACUUCCUGUUUCCAGUCGGUGGUGCUGUUGAGUCAUUUUGCCUCACCUGCCCAAGAUUGUCCUUGGGGUUUGUUUAUGUAGUGAUUCAUCAUACAAGUCAAGUUUGAGGCAGAUUAGAAGAUGUGCAAUGACGUUACAACCACUUUUGCGUCAUUGCCGGUUAAUAUAGGCCUAAAUGAAUAGUUCACCCAAAAAUGAAAGUUCACUCAUUAUCUACUCACCACUAUGCAGGGGUGGAUGUUUGAGUCCUGUAAGGGAAAUAUAACAUGUGACCACAUAUGAUCAUGUUUGCAUCUCAUACAAUGUAACCUUGAUCAUGCUGUAUCCUGAACUACUGAAUGAAUCUUGGCCGGACUGGUUUAACUAGGCAUUGUUGUUUUCAUGUGAUCAGAAGAUCCCAACCUUUGACUUUGUAAAAACUCCAACCAGAGUGGGCAGGGUUAGCCAAAUGUAUAAAGACAAAGAACUGUUUCCCAUCGGUGUCUAUAUUACAAACUAACCUUUGUGGUAUGCACCAUGCUCUGAGCAUUAAAAUGUGUGACAAUA